GGGAGGUCAAAGAUAAGACUAUAAAAUACUAAAACAAAAUACACCGACUUUGGUGCAUAACUUCUUUUAGUAAUCGUUGAACGCUGAAACAAGAAACAUGUUUUUCAAACUUUCUACAACUUUUGUGGUUUUGCUGAGUUUCGUGAGCUUGGCCUUUUCUGCGGUUUCCGUAAGCCAGCCAUCAGUUCAUCCAGAUCACCCCGGUAAAUGUUGGUACAGUGACACAAUGAAGGCCUAUGAUGUCGGUGAUGUUUUCACGGUACCAGAGUGUACUAGGGUAACUUGUCUGGGAGGUUUACGCUUCGAAUAUGCAUCGUGUGGCGUUAUUGGAACUUCACCACCGUGUUAUGUUGUCAAAGGAGACUCAAGUUUGCCAUAUCCUGAGUGUUGUCCUGAUGUGAAAUGUGAUUAACGUGGUGUGACCGAUUUUUCGUCCUCGUUCUAACUUACAUCGAAAAUAUUGAUUAAAUGUGAUUAUUAUGGUGAUUAAACAAAGCUCGUUCUAAAUUUUUGAUGAGGUUGUACAUGUACAUUCUGAUUUAUCAAAGCACUGGUGCUUUGGAUUUAUUUAAGAAAAUUAUGAGUCGAGGUCGCAGCCUAUCAUAUAACAGGCAAUAAAUUUCAAAAUAAAUGUA